AUGGUCCGUAGCGGAAAAAAUGGUGGGCUCCACCUGAAGCAGAUCGCAUACUACAAGCGAACAGGGGAGUAUCAUCCCACAACAUUACCAAGUGAAAGAAGUGGUAUCAGAAGAGCAGCCAAAAAAUUUGUCUUCAAAGAAAAUAAGUUGUUCUAUGUUGGAAAAGACAGAAAACAAAUGCGCCUGGUAAUUGUUUCAGAUGAAGAGAAGAAGAAGGUGCUUGAAAAAUGCCAUGAAAAUUCUGCUGGCACUCAUCAUGGCAUAUCAAGGACACUGACUUUAGUGGAAUCUAGUUACUACUGGACCUCUGUAACAAAUGACGUCAAACAGUGGGUGUAUGCUUGCCAGCAUUGCCAAGUGGCAAAGAAUACAACCACCACAGCACUCAAAACACACCCUAUCAAAGCAGAGGACCCGUGGACAGCAGUCACUAUAGACCUAAUGGGACCUUUUAAUGUUACCAACAGAAACCACAAGGACAUCAUAAUUAUGACAGAUUUGUUUACAAGAUGGACUGUUAUCUUGCCACUGCAUGACACUUCAGCAGCUGAAAUUGCUAAGGCAAUCAUAAAUGUGUUUUUCUUAUAUGGGCCACCUCAAAAAAUGCCUAUUGAUCAAGGGAAGGAGCUUGUUUAUCAGAUAAAUGAAGAACUGUUUGCACUAUUUGGAAUGAAACAAAUUGUAUUGUCUUAUCCUCAGACAGAUGAUGUAAAUGAAAGAACAUGCAAGGCAAUCAAAGCUUUCCUUAACAAAUACUGCACCGACCAUCCAAAUGAUUGGGAUGAACAUUUGUCUGCUAUUGCCUAUGCUUUCAAUUUGACAAAUUUGGAGCCAGAUCACAACACCCCAUAUUUCCAAAUGUUUAAUCGUAACCCACAUGUUGAGCCAAUGAAUAUAUGUGUGGAAGGAGAAUACAGUAUGUUUGCCAAAAUAUUUGAAGCAACUAAAAAUACCUGUCAAGCGCUAGAAGAGAAAACCUCAGAUUGCCAGGUGGAGAAAAACACUUCAGAUGAACAAAAAAUCAGAAACAAAAUCGCUGUCAAAAGGAAGCCAAAGCAGUUAAAUACCCUUCAACUGAAAGUUGGUCAUGAAGUCCUCAGGCAAAGAAAAAACUGGUGGAAAGAUGGUCGUUUCCAGUCGGAAUGGGUUGGUCCUUGUAUUAUAGAUUAUAUCACAGAUAAUGACUGUGCAAUAUUAAGAGAUGCCACAGGAUCCAGGUUGAAAAGACCCAUCAAGAUGUCUCACCUCAAGCCAUAUGUAAGAGGGUCCAGUGAAAAAGACAACCAUUGCUUUUUACAUGGUGCAGUAGUUGUUGACCAUGACUAUAUUGGCUUACCUGAAAGAUCCUAUAAUCCAAGCCAACAAGAUUCUGUUGCUGAAGGGGAAAUAAAUGCCUACACGAGAGAUGUCAUGUCUGCUGUACAAAUGCCACCUGCAGCCUGCAAAGACCAAGAAUCAACAGAUGGUAAACAUCAGUCUGAGCUGACAGAAGAUCAUUGCAUUGAGUCAAACACUGCAAAGCUGGAGCAGUUGUCUUCGCCUUGUUGGACACUUCAGACCAAGAUAGAGGAUACUUAAGCAUAGUCUCAUGUCACAUUUCAUUGCCAAACAACUUGG